AUGGUGCAUCACCGUAUCAACGAACGGGAGACAAACCCGAAUCCCCACAUAAACUUUAUAACCGCCCUUCCGAUGCCGCAACCGGAAGCACAGGAGGCGGCGAGGCAGCUAUUGCGGGCACUGGCGGCGCAAGUACGACCGAUAAUGAAAGCUCAUGGGUUCUCAGUGAAUAGCUUUGAGGAGUAUGAGUAUAAUCGAGUAUUCGCGGGUCGUAACUGGGAGGCAGGCGAAACUGUAGAGCUUGUGUUACGGCGACCCGAUGGUCGGUUCUACCCUAACUCAUGGCUGUUGAGCACACUGUGCCACGAGCUAGCCCACAUCAAACACAUGAAUCAUGGUCCUGCCUUCCAAGCCUUAUGGCGGCAAUUGAACAGCGAAGUGCGAGCGUUGCAGAACAAGGGCUAUUACGGCGAUGGCUACUGGUCCUCAGGGAAACUCCUGCUCGACUCGUCGCUAGUUGGCGGACAAACCUUAGAGACAGGUGAUCUACCCGAAUACAUGUGCGGAGGCGCCCAAACACGCACCCGACCUACCCGGAGACGAAGACGCACUGCAGCAGCCGGACCUUCUAAUCAUACCGGAGCUCAGACAGCCAAGAGGCGCAAGGCUGGGUCAAGAGUCAAAGCGGAGGGUGCCUUUGUCGGUAAAGGCACGUCUCUCAACGACGAUAUCAGUGACGAGGACAUCUUUAUGGCCAUUCUUCCUGCGCUAACCCCUGGUAUCAGCAAGCGGGCCAGGGAAGAAAGAGCCUUGGCUGCGGAGCGGAGGCUCCGUGCUAUCCAAGGAGGAUCUCAGCCCAAGGAACGGGAGAGAUCUUCCGGGGAUGAAGGAGAAGACGAGUUUGAGACGAAGCAAGAAACAGAUCAAGAACGCCGAAAUACCAUGAUGGAUAUGAUGAAGGAGUCUGAGUUGGACGAUCUCAAGAUGACCAAACAUGACUUCUGGAAAGACUUUGCAAUCUCCUCUACCUCACGGCCACCCAGGGGAGAGGACAAAGAUCCGCUUCAUUUUAUUGACCUGACCUCGGAUGAUGACAGACAUAGAUCAUUCUCCUCUUGUCCUCCAGCUUCGGCUAUAGCAGGUCUGUCGUCAAAUAAGCAUGCAAAGAACCCAACCCCAGCACCUCCAACCAAGGCUUCAACGGAGACGUCUAGUUUAAUGAAUACAUCAUCAUCAUCAAGCCAACUCUCGAAAGGAUCGACAAAGCCCAAGCAGGAUGUGCUUCGACUUGGGAACAUCGUGCAGGACGAGGUCAAAACAUGCAAGAAGGAAUCUCUGGGCUUGAAUGGUCCUGCCCGUAGGCUCGGAGCUGCCCCGGCUCGUGCAAAGCUAGGAUCUCCUGGCAACGCAACGGAAGCGAAUAGACUGGAAGGCCUACAGUGGGCCUGUGAGGUGUGCACAUUGUUAAAUCAAGAAGGCCAUCUGGCUUGCUCUGCCUGCGGUACUGCUAGGGAUGCGCCGUCUUGGUCUGGCUCGUACAGAUAG